AUGGCCACCACCACCACCCCCACCACCAAGGCUUCUGGCCUAAAAGCCACCAAUCUGGCUGCCAUCGCCCCCGCCAACACCCUCACCACCACUACCAUGACCACCGCCACGACUGAAGCUGGCGCCGCAACAACGGCAACUGAUGAAGCUGCCUCCGAGUCGACUGUCCCAACCCCAACCUCCGCCGCUACAGAUAUGACCUCGACCGCAACACCGACCGCAACACCGACCGCAACACCGACCGCAACACCGACCGCAACACCGACCGCAACACCGACCAGUGAUGAGCCCUCUGUGCCGCCAAAGCCUCCGAUGACCACCCCAACGUCGCCGCCACCCGACCCUGUGUCGUCUCCGGUGCGCCCCUCGACGGCGCCAGAACUUGUGGCCUGCCUGUCGCCCGCAACACCGGCAUGCCCAGCUAUGGCCGUAAGAAGUUUACCACGUCCAAUCGUCCUCGACUCUCCAACCCAAGGCCAGCAGAUGGCACUGCAGCUGCUGCAGUCUGGCUUGUUAGAGGAACCCCACCACUCCCAUGCCCUCGCCGGCCUCAUCGCCCUCCCUGACGCCCAACAUUUGGAAUUCGCGCCCUCGACUCCAACGACCCUCCCAAUUUGUUGA